UUCCUUAAGAAGAAGACGUGUUUUUACUUGUGCGGAUGAACUCGGAUGAUAUCCACGUAAAAAUGAGGAUUGACAUGUGUUACGCCAAGCCGGAUCCAAACGCGGGAGCUGAUCUCACCUACACGCUGAUUAACAACGGGUGUGUCGCGGAUCCCUAUACUCAGAUCCUGCCUCAGGGAGCCCACGAAACCAAAUUCGUAUUCAACGCUUUCGAAUUUCCACAGGCUCAUGACUCCGUGUACAUUUACUGUACAGCGACCUUCUGUCAGACGAACAAUGCCAGCAGACGAUGUACGCAGACGUGUGUAGGGACGACCUCUAUCGUUGGAUGA